AACACAACUUGAGCUUUUGCCAACAGAUAUUAAAAGUGACGAUGAAAGGAUAUUUCAAACGGCUGAUAUUUUCCAGUGAUAUCAAAAAUGAAAACUGUUUUUUUAUGUUUACUGAAAUUACAUUUGUGGGGUCGCAGGGUAUAAGCUCUGCAGCACAGGUCCAUCAAGAGAUAGGCUGGGUGAGCAUGGAGAGGGAGAGAGAGAUAAGUGAAGAGUGAGGCACAGCUGGGAGAGGCUUACAUUACCGGAGGGAGCUCUAAGACAGCAUCACGCUAAUAAAACAGAUUUAUACAAUAUAGAGAGGUAAUUGCUAGAUUCGGCAGUAACGAAAAAUGUUUUUGUACAGGGAGAGGUCAGCGCAAUAAGAGUGUGGAGGAAGUGUAUAUUACAGCUACCAGAGAGUGAGAUUCAGGAACACUGAAUCACUGCUAUACCCGCGGAGGAGGGCUUGCUAUAGGUGCUAUAGGUAGAAAGGGUUGGAAACCCACAUUUGCAGACAUAUAUGUUUGAAGACUUUAUCCAGUAUUGUGAGUGUGGCCUUGGAACGGACAGAGACUGUUUGUCUGUGGAAAUAGAGGACAGGAGUUGUGGAGACUUGGAUAACUGUGUCACACUGUGGCUGGUCUUUGCUACACAUGGAGGUUGUUUCUGUGGAACUUGUGGAAAAUCAGAUUUGUGUAAAAGUCUUAAAGCAACAUCUAAUUUUGACAUCCUGGCCCCAUGGUGCUGUCAAGGUGAUCAAGUCUUGAUCAAGGUUGGUGUGAUUCCAAUGGACUGCAGCUGUGUGGAUAUGGCCAACAGAUGUACCUAGAUCCCAUAGACAGCACAGCUAGCCAGCUAGCAGUGACAGACCUGCCGCUUCCCCUGCUGAAUCUCAAGAAAAAUUGCCCAGUCCAUCUCUCCAAGACUACAGAGGGGUCAAUGAGCUGCAGCACUGUACGCACAGUCAAGACAAACUCUCCCUUGUGGACGACAUCAUAAAAUUCAUAACCACACAGUUGUGUAUCAGCUAAUAAGUCUGGUGUGUGUGGCUAUGGAUCAAGUUAUGUAUAACCUGUAAAACUGAUAGCCUGGCAAUCAAUACCAUAGGUUCAGGGUCCUGUCACUUAUUUUCCACCGGGGUCGAAGUCCCAGACCCUUUGGCAACUGAAGCAAUGGAAUGUCCUGUUCAACUAUGGAAUCAUUAUCGGACCCUAAAACCCCGCUCAAAAGGUAAUUAUUGACAGUUCCUAAUUACCAUAAAGAAUGACCGCACACAUCAUCAGCUUUAACUGUUUCCAAUUUCCAUCAAAUACAACAUUGACUACACUGCAACAUGGCAGCAAGUCAGUCAAGAGUACUGGGCACAUCACACUCAUGUGAUUCCAUGAAACCAGGAAGUGUUCUCAUUUCUUAGACACAAGCGUUCAAGAUGAGGAUGCUACGAGUGCAGCGGUAUACGUAUUAUUUCCUGCUUGGCGUGAUGGCGUACUUAUCUCUAGCCUACUACAUCCACUUCCAUGCCAGGUCUCCACAGAUACAGGAGUGGACACCCCAAACUGACACUGGUCAGUACCCCUCCAGCAGACCGGCGUCCAUCCAAGGGAAGGACGUCGUCACAAACAUCACCAUGGGGCAGAAGACAACUGAACCGAAGCGACUUGAGGAUACAUCAAAUUACCAUGGAACAGAUGUCUAUCGUCCAUUACUCUUCGAGAACGAAAAGAUUGAUAACAUCAAACUUGGAAAAAUCAAAUUUGAUUCCGUGGAAUUUCGUAAUUUGGAGCAAAUUUAUGUGUAUGCAGCUUUUCUUGAUGGAAGAAUCCCGAAUAAAACAUAUGCUCGGAUAUUUGCACUUCAGAGAACAACGAACCUGGAAGGUCUCUUAUGUAGGUUCUACUUGGGUGAAAACAAGGGAAGUGUUAUUACUGUUUUCACUGAAAAAUAUGAAAUGUGUGAAAAUCAUGGCAAAGGCUACGGUGGAUAUAUUUAUACCUGUCUGGUGCCUCAGUUGAUACACGACACACCCACAACAGUUUCCCUGUCAACUUAUUCCACCAACUUUGCUCAAAGCCAUCUUCACCUGACCAUGAACUUAACUCCACUGCAAUACAAUUUCAACACUGAUUCUCAAAGGGAGCUCUUCGGUGUAUGUGUGCCACCAAUAUUUGGAAAUAUUCCUCUAAAUAUUCUUAUUCAGUACAUUGAACUGACAAAGAUACUAGGUGGAUCAAAACUAUUUUUCUACAAAUAUAAUGUAUCAAAAAAUGUUGAAAAACUUUUAAAAUAUUACACUGCGAAAGGAGAUAUCCAUGUCCUGAAUUGGAAUCUCCCUCCCGGCAUCAAUAGACUCAACAUAUGGUACAAUGGACAGUUGAUGGCAAUUCAAGAUUGUUUGUACAGAAACAUGGCUGCGUUUAAAUUUUUACUGUUUACCGAUCUUGAUGAAGUACUAAUUCCCCGACAAGCCAACAACUGGGUUACUAUGCUGCACAACAUCGCCUUGAAAUCACAACUUCAUAACUUGGACGACAUUGCCGGCUUUUCUUUUCAAAGUGUUUUCUUCGGUCCUAAUCAAGAGCCGGAUCCUGGACAAACUUUACAAUUUCUUCAAAGAUUGGAUCGAACUCAAGUUACAAGCACGAUUAGGUCAAAACUUUUAAUCCAGCCAAGUCAAGUGUUUGAGCUUGGGAUCCACCACAUGAGUAAACCAAUCCGAGAUAACAUCACAGUCAUGAGUGUAGGUCCCGAUGAGGCCCUGUUGCAUCACUAUAGGUCUUGCGUGGUGGCAUUUGAUGCGAAUAUGAGGUGUUAUCCUCAAAUACGGGAUGACACCAUCUUGAAAUAUGCAGACUUACUCAAUGCACGGACAAGGAGUGUCAUGUUGGAUGUGUUGAAUCUCCUCAAACAGAGAUAAUGCAGCUCUGUACAUAUGCCUAUUUAUUACCUGCAUAAAUGAACGUGUGUA